AGCUCUCCCUCUGGAGGCGCACAAGCAGCUCUCCUGAGCUCCAACAUAGCUCUAGACUCGACACAGAGCCCACCCGCCCCGUCCCGUCGCGUGUGGCCUGCUCCCGCCUCGUCUCGUCGUCGACCUCAUCAGCCAGAUCCUCGCCUCUCGACCGCGACGCCAUGUUCAAGGACGAGAUUGCCACCUUCAGGCGCCUGGGCUUCCGCCAUGUCCUCACCCAGGCGCUCAACUUUGCCAUGGUCCUCUCGACCGCCCUCAUGAUGUGGAAAGGUCUCUCGGUCCUCUGCAACACCGAGAGCCCCGUCGUCGUCGUCCUCAGCGAGAGCAUGGAGCCGGCCAUCCAGCGAGGCGACCUCCUGUUCCUCACCAUGCCCCGGCACGCCCCGCUCAAGCACGGCGACAUCACCGUCUACAAGAUCCCGGGCACGCCCAUCCCCAUCGUGCACCGCGUCAUCGAGACGCACGACGAGCGCAACUCGACCGAGCAGUGGAUCCUGACCAAGGGCGACAACAACCAGCACCACGACGUCGCGCUGUACAACGGCAUGCAGUACCUCAAGCGGAGCCACAUUGUCGGCAAGGUGCAGGGAUACGUUCCCUACGUCGGCUACGGCACCAUUCUGCUCAACGACUACCCCAAGCUCAAGUACGCCCUCCUCGCCGUUCUCGGAGGCGGCAUCCUGCUGCAGCGCGAGUAGUGACAGUCUCUGCAACGAUGGCCUCUUUCCUGGUUCUCUCGUC